AUGCACUUCAAUCGCAUUGAGAGGUUCAGUCUUGUGUUUAACCGAUCAAAGUUUAUAUCAAAGUUUUUCUUUAAGCUUUUUGCCCAUCUUCAUCACAUUCAAGCUGUUUCGGUUGAAUUUCAACGCUUACCAUUUUUCACUUUUUCCUCUUUCCAUCAUCCAUCCAAUUCAGCUCGCUAUUUCUCAGUCGUUUACUCGGCCCCCGAUGCCCGUCUCACGAGUCUGCGCAAGCAGAUCAAUGAGCUGAGGUUAAAACACUCGGAUGCCUUGGAUACCGGCUCUUCUGUGAGGCUUUCUUCUGCUGGGCGCACGGUUUUAGAGGAGUCUCCUUCAAAGGCUACGUCGGAACCGCGAGGAUACAAGCCUUCGUUUCAUCUCUCAGAGUCAUGGGUUUUCAUUGAUUGAUACUGUUUAAGCAUUAGACGUCUGACUUAA